AGAGUCAUUCGUUCAAGGGACCAUGCACACCAUCGUGUUAACAAAUGCACACACAGCGAUGGUCAGCCAAUUGGUCAGCCAUCAGUCCAGCUCUGCAAUUCGGCAACUAGAUGUCCAUUGCAGCAUUGUCUGUCUGUCUGUUCGAACUUUCGAGAACUGAAAAACGGCACCAAGCUCACUGAAGAUACACACUAUACACACCCACACCCACACCCACGCCGCUGUCCUCACAGGACCACCUCCAGCAGCCCACAUGCGCCGCAUUUGAUGAACAGCGCCUCGUAGUCCUCAUUCAGCUCAAACUGAGCCGUGGCCAUGCAGUAUUGACUGCACACAGAGAGAGGGAGAAACGGUGCAGCCAAGGAAGACCAUGUGUGGGAGUCUAUCUGAUCUCACCUGUGUUCCUUGACGGCCGCGUCGAGGCGCUCCCGGACUGCGUCGCGAUCCAGGCCUCAUCCUGACCACACACAGACAAGGAGCAAUCGGUGUGCCCACCGGCUCUGUGUCCGUGAGUGUGUGGGUGUGUGGGUGUCCCUGCACCCACCUGCACACAGAGCCUGAAGCCGCAGCCGCCGACCUUGCACAUGACGGUGCCAUAGCGCACAUCGACAGUCUGCCGACCGCACAGUGGACACACAACUGCACACAACCAGGCAUCCACACCAACAACCGUGCACAGCAUUUCUGUCGGUCGGGGUGAGCUUACUGUUGUCUUGUUCCCGCAGCCGCCAUUCCUCCUCGAGUGCGGCCGACUCCUCGUCCAGAUCAGCGUCCUCGCGAGCCAAAUACUCCUCCCCCUCUGAACCAACACACACCAACCACCAACACACUCACGGAUGCUCUCGUGUCAGGCAGCUUUCGUGCCCGCCCACCGACCCUGUAUUUGCAUUUCCUCCUUGAUCGAUUGCUCGAUGAACAGCAGCAGGUCGAUGUACUCAUCAUCCGCCAGCGUAAUGGCCACAUCGGCAUCGUCCUCGCGCAUGCUGAUGUCCAGGGGCUCACGGACGGCUCGUCUGGCCUCUCGCACAGACGGCAGGGAGGGCGAGGGCGGCAGGGCAGAUGACGGCCGCUCCUGUUGGUAGGGCGCCUGGGGUGUGGUCGACGCCUCUGCGAUGCUAUCGUUGUAGACAUCGAGGCAGCUUCAGCGAUCUGGUGAGCCACGUCACGGACCUGUGGACACACACAGAGCACCCAGAUGCAUGAUGCGCCCUCCUCCCUGAUCCCUCCUCUCUCCCCACUGACCCAGUUGCCCGUCACCGCAUCCGAUUGUGUGAGCUCAACUCUGCUAGCAAAACAACAAAAACUGGUGGCUCUGGACGUAUUGUGUGCUGAAUGCGAUGAGUGCGUUGUGCUGCUGACCUUCUGUAGUCGUCGAGCAGCCGCUGCCUGUCUUGCUUGAGCCGCUCCAGGCAGAUCCGCCGCAGCUCUUGCUUGGCGCGGGGCGUCCAGUCCCUCUUGACGCCCUGCCGCACGCCAACACGGGGACCAUCGCCAGCAAGCGACAUGAGCCGACGAACAGUCCGCAGAUCGAAGCAGAUUGGAUUCACUGAGGGACUACUGGCAUCAUGGUGAUGCUAUGCUCCUUCAUGGGCCUCUCCUUUUGCAG